CGCUCUCCAAGCUGAGAGAAAGUACAUACCGGUAUAUUCGUGGCCACCAGUUGGCCUGGGCAACGCGUGAACGAUGUCAGGUCAGGCCGCUGCUGCUGCUGGGCCAGUCUGACGAGCGAGAAGGAGAGAGAGAGAGAGAGAGAGAACUAGAUUUAAUUCGGGCUGGCUCCGCACUCCGGAGCUGCAGGACAUCGGUUUCUUUGCAGCGGAGUCUGAGUCGGGGCCUGCACUAUUCGACGCGACGCUGUGCUAGGCUAUGGUAGGCUAUGCUAGGCUAUGCUAGGCGAGGCGAGGCGAGGCUAUGAGGCCAUCGAAGCGUCCGCCUGCGGGGAGGAUUGGAUGACUGGUUUCGCAUGACAUUGAUUAUUCUAGAUUUUUUCGUUCGCUUCAUGAUCAUGUGCGAGCGAUGGGAAGGAAGCACGGGCGGUAUGUCUGUUUUGCCCAGAAAGCGAUCGCGAGUGAUCAUUAUCGACGCGUCAUUAUCCAGAUUCUUGCGAAAAAGCAGGGCUAAUAAAUUCUCGAGCUGUUGUCCAUUCCUCAGGGGGUAUGUUCAGUGCAGGAAUCGGGCUGCCGCUGGCUCGCAAACCUAACCCUCCCCUCCCUGCCCUCACUGCAGCGCCCGUAGAUUGAAACUUGGCUCCUGUUGAUUCGAAAGAUUUCGCCAUGCCAUAGUGCGUGGAGAGCAUAGACUCUGUAGACUCGAGACUCGUAGCUUUAGAAUCUAAAGCCCCGCAUUGAAGAGCUCCGGGGCUCGGAGCACUUUGACGCCAUCCUGUAGGACGGACAGAGCAACUCCACUCCUCUCCUCUCCUCUCCUCCCCUCCGCUCCUCGUACAUGAAUCGCCCUAGAAGAUGCCCCUACAACUGUUUCCUGCAUGCGCGAGGAGAAGUACUGCCACUGCUCUAAACUGCCGAAUCCCAAGCCUAAUCGACAUUCCCGCACUGUUUAACGAGACGAGCGAGAGCGGCUGGAAUAUAUCCAGAGCGCCCGUCGCCCUUCGCCUCCCUGCGGAUGAUCUGAUCUGCAUCUAGAGCAGCUGGAAUAUCUAGAGCCGGUGCCGAUCCCGUGCCGAACAAUCCAGUGGAGAAGCCAUCCGGUGGAGAACAGAACAUGUUUUUGUCUCGAGAAGGAGCCAGCAGUCCAAUCUGCGUGGUCGUGGUCGUGGACGCGGACAUGGACUUGGACAUGGACGGGCCGGGACGACGCCCCGCCCCGCACCGCAACGAGCGCUGUAGCUCUUAUCCUGGGAAAAAUCAAGGGGAAUCCGUCUUUCUUAAAAGCAUGUGCGAGCCAAAAGAUGGAGAAAGAAGGAAGGGAAAUAAAUGCACAGAGCCAAAGACGGGAGAAUAUUCAGCAGGUUUAAGGCCUGAGAAUUCAUGUCCUCCGCAAGACCGAAUUGCAUGUGCUCCAACGGCGUCCGGCCCGGCCCGGCCCGGCCCGACCAGCGAGCAUGAGCAGCAGCAGCAGCAGCAGCAUGUCGUGUUAACACUAAGUCAGACAGAAUUCCUCCCUACAACGACGUAAAGUGCAUCAGGUAAUCAUGUUACUCAUCUCCACAUUCACACCAGGUGACAUAUUGCUGCCAUUGCAGUGGGGCUCGGGGGGUAAUCUCGCAUCGAGCCAUCGACGCGACCUUCCUAAAACGUCAUUAUCAUGACGAGGAGAGCCGCUCAUGGGGCCUCCAAAUCGCUACGCUCGUCCCAGAACAGGCGUAGCCGUGAUCCUGACCGCCGACAGCAAAACAUCACAUCGGGCAGUCGCCACAGGGCAGCCUACCCCCAGGCAGGCCCUGGAUCGGCCGAAUUCCGCGUCCGUCCAGUUUGCGCCAGGACCAUCAAGUCAUCGCUUGUGCCCGCGCUGCCCCGACCUGAGCAGCCCCUGACCGCCUGACCGACCGGCCCAUCAUCGAUCCCGACGUCAUGCUGUCCAGGCGCGCGCAGCGGGCAGGACCCCGCCCGGCCCGGCCCGGCCCGCAGGUCUCACGGGGCCUCGGUCGCGCCACCGGCGCUGGAAAGUCAACACCCGGCAGCAUUCUAUCGUAGGCCGUGACGAGCUCGCCGGCUGCCGGAGGUGCUUAUCCCGGGGCCUGGGACCUGGGACCUGGGGCCUGGGGACUGGGGCUGGGGGCCGGGGGCCUGGGAGUGGGGUUCCGAGACUCCAGAGGGAGCGAGGGCGAUACGAUAGUGGAUCAGUUAAUCUAUCCAUCCAUGUUCAUAUCUAUCUGUGUAUCAUCACAGUGGCCUCGGGGCGAAAUCUGCCGGGCCAGUGCAGGUGAAAGGAACGUAGGCGACUGUGGGCAGAAUUGAAUUCUGCUGCUGGACCAGGGUAGGAGGACGCGAAGGUCAGGGCCGAGGCCUCGGUGCUGUGAUGGUGGUGGCAGAGGAGCUGCUGCAGCUGCCGGUGCUUUGCGGAGGGGAAUAAAGAGGUACAACAGAUUGCGGGGCCCAUGGGAGCUGGAGCAAAUCCGUGUUAGAAACUCGUAGACUAGACAGGGAGGGGGGGGUGGGGGCCUAGUGCGAGCCAAUGCAAUGUCAAUGCUCACGUUGUGGGGCCGCCUGACUCUCACUAUUAAGAGCAUAGUUCGCCCUGUAGAAUACUAUCUAGGAAAGUGGGGAAAAAAACCUAGAGGGCGAGUGAGGUUCAACCUGGACACCAGUCCAUCAUCAUACGGAUAGUAAUGACAACAGUACAGAGCAAAUCACCAGACACACAGUACCGUAUCGGAUCGUUCCCGAAUGCAGUACUUUACUGUAUGGCCUCCAUUAUUCACCCUCUCGGUUGCCUUCCACGACCUUUCUUGUCGUUCAGAGAUAUAUCAACGUUUUACCCCUCGUAUCCCCCCUCCCUCCCUUCCCUCCCCUUUCUUCUCCUUGAAUCCUCAUAUCCCUUCCUCCCGAUCCUCCCAGUCCCAAUCGCCAAUAUUUGGAUAAUUGUUUUAGACCUUUGCGUGCACGUCAUGACCUCAGUUUCAUUCGAUGGUCGCUUGCGCUCUCUAGCUGUAGAUGAAUAUUCUUGACAAUGCAAUCAAGGCACAAGCUCUACUAGACGUGCUCCUUACUUUCGACGACCCUUUGAUCGAGAUACAGUAGCAGUAGCGCUAAACCGGGCAGAUGUUGUUUUGAUUCCCCUGGAGCUCCCUUGAAGUUGGAGAUCUGAUUCUUCUUUUUCCAACGCCCCGCACCUCUCUCCGUCCAUCGCCCGGUCUACCGAUGUAAGCCUUCGAGACAAUCGAGACUCUGUCCCUCUCACAAGAACCAAUUCUACGUUAAAGUUCCUCCAUCCGUAAUAGUUCUGUAUUCUCGUCGCCAGCCAGGUACGUCAAAAUCAUCCAUGGUACAGUAUCUGUUUCCCCGUAUGAAUUUGUAUACACUGGAAAGUUCACGGCCAUGGCCAUGGUUCUGCUCCAGGAUCGGAAAACCUGGAGACGAAGUUCCUUAGCUGUCACAGUGAUCUCCGCUAGAACAGAAAAGCCGAUUUAAGGGCCGACGUCGAGGGUCGAGGAUCGAGUGUAAGCGGGGUGACCUGACUGGAUUCCGGCGUUCUUUGGCUGCUAGGGUACUUUCUACUUUGCCCAUGCGGCCUGACCAGACCCGGAUUCAGUUGGUCCCAGAAGGGAGCUGGGAAUGGGGAUCGGCCCAUGUUGACCCAACUCCUGGCCUCGUCUGCGAUUGAUUUGGGCAUGACUCAGAAGAUCACGCGGUCAAAUGCAAGACAGCUGAUAGUGCUGUGCUGGGCCGCUAGCCGAAAGGAAGGGUUAUAAAAGUGAGGGGGGGAGGUCUGGAAGAUAAUUCCAUAUUCUUUCCUGCAAUGACUUGAUCAUGGAAUUUGAUCAUUACGCUAGAUGAAUCAUACGAAUCUCUAAGCGGAUAAAUAUUAUUUUUUAUAGGCAAAGAAAAAGAGGCAUAUAGUUACGAUUUGGGCGUGUUGGUCAAAUGUGGACACUCGGAGAGGAGUGUGGAAUUUCUUUAUUCUUUUCUUGGGUCUCUUGAUCACGCAACGGAUCGUAAGAAUGGGGGCAUCCUGCGAGCUCCAAAGUGUCCAGUGGCCCUAAAGUGCACAUAGAAAGGAAUAGUCAGCAUUCCAUCCGUGAGACAGCUGCCUUUGAGCUCCGGAGGUGAACAAGUGCUCGAGAUCAAACUCGGUGCUGGCAAUAAUUGGACACGAAUGUCGUCGUUCUAGCAUAUGCAAGAAGAUUUAUGUUGGGAGGCAGCAUGUUAGCCAUGCAUGUCACUCACGUCCAUGCCAGAAUCAACAGUGCUCGUAGUCCGCACGACACACUCCUCAGCAUUUUGUUAACUUAUCCUCUAGAUCUCAUCUAAUUGUGAACGUUUCGUUCCAAUCCUGUUCCCUCCCCUUUUCCAUCACGCAGCACUCGAGGGCGGCACACCCGUGUUAAGCUCUAGCUCUGACUUUCUGGAUUUACAGCAGGUGCUUGCCGAUUGAUUACCACUUUGGAACCACUCCUCGUUCCCUCGAGGAUUUACAGGACGCGGACGCUAUUUGGAAAUCAAUAUGUAUGAUCAUGAUUUUCCCAGGUUUUUUUUUAAAUGAAAAGAGGGUUUGUUUGCAGCAGGUGCUUUGCUGGUGAUACCCAGGCCCAUAUCUUUGCACUGCAUUGGAGCAUCAAAGAAAUCGAAUGUCUCCCCCGUCCCGUGGACUGACUGCUUUAUGAAAGUGCAUGCGCAUACCAACCCAGAAUUCGAGCAAGUUACACUUCGGGCAAGAUUCCAGUCUGAAGCAGAUCUAUGAGCUUUCUUUUGGUCGGCUGAUUAUAUGCUUCAAAUCGGUGUCUUUAGGACACGUGUAUUGGGCAAAGAAAACGCCCCGCCCCAACUUUUUCUAAAGAUUUGGAUGCCGAGCAUUUGCAUGCUUUUAGCCAAAACAAUCGGUUGCUUCUGUUGCCAUGGCACUUGUCUUCGAGACAUGCUGAAUAAUCAAGUGGAUGGGCUUGCUCCCUCCGCCAGCCAGCCAGCCAGCCGCCCGCCCGCCCAGCCCAGCCCAGCCCAGCUCAGCUCAGCUCAGCUCAUUCCAGUGGCAUCCAGGACCAAUUAGAAAAAGGCUCACCGGGGUAUCCGAUAUUUGAUUCGAUCAAACGACCAUUCGAGUUAUUGGGGGAAUAAAAAACCAAGCCCGGGGCCCGAGCCCCUCGCCACCCCAGAAAAUAUGAUGCGCGUGACAUCUAGUGGAAAGUGUUCUCUCAUGAAAGCCCUCGACGGGAGAUCCAGAAAAUGCUCCACUGAGUCCACAUCUGUUCACACGGCCGCCAGUGCGUGCAGUCGGUCAGUCAGUCGGCAGUUGUUGGAAGGCUGAGUGAGUGAGUGAGUGAGGCACUGAGGCACUGAGGCAGUAGUGAGCUUCACAGAUCGAUCUGUGACAAUUCAGCGACAGCACGAACGAAGACAGACAACAAUUUAAGACGCUGUAGUUUAUACUGUGUACGCCUCCCUCCUCCCUCACGACAAGCGCAGAGGAACGUAUUCAAGGGGGCCGUAUGUCUUACGUCGUCUACUGGUACAAUCUUAUGACGGACGAAUUGUUGUACGAUGUCGUAUAGUCGUGAUAGGAGUGUAGUGUACUGUUGUGCCUCGAGUCAUUGGGCCCAGGCAGGCUCAGCUUGCCCCCUUCCCAUCGCUUUCCUCCCCUGCCUGCCUGCCUGCCUGCCUGCUUGCUUUCCAGUUCCAGAAUCCAGAAACGAACGACCGCGCAGGCGAUAGCGUCAUAACCAUCAUGUAAAGUUCUAAGCCCCGCGGGUUCGCUGGACUGCGGAGAUCUUGGUUUCCAAGAUUGUCUGAGAAGAAGGGACCAGGAAGUCACUGUCCGAAACGAGGAAACCUGGAGAUGGCAAAAGGAACCGCAGUCAAAGAAAAAUGGCCAGAUCUUCCAAACUGGCAGCUCUCUCUCUCUCUCUCUCUCACCGAAACUGGUUCUUCUUCUUCUGGUAACUCUUCUGAUCUGGACUCUGACCUUGAGCUCUGCUCAUCAGAUCUUCGAGGUUUGUGUUGUUGGCUGCCGCUGCAGGGCAGGGAAGGGCAGGGCGAGGAGGACGAGGAAGGAAGGAAGGAAGGAAGUCUGGGGAGGGGGUGAGAACGUGAAGAACACGAAGCAAGCGAGCGAGCGAGCAGGAAGGCGACAAAGCAGUAAAUGGCCAACACAUUGAAUGUAGAAGGCUGGAACAGUUGGAGGGAAGGGACGGCAAGGCGAGGCAAGGGGCGGCAGGGAGGGAGGCUUGAGCCGAGCUGAUCUGAAGCUGAGAGCUGAGAGAGAAGAGGAGAGAAGAGAGAGAAGAGUGAGCAGAGAUGGGCAGAGCGGAGCCGAGCCUCCCGAUUCCUCGCGCGAACUUCUGCCCAUCGAGUAUCUUGCAAUAUCAAACAUACCAACGGCCAACGAGUACUGUAUGCUCGUGUCCACACACAAAAACAAAUGGAAAAAGCGUACCACAACAACAUGUGUGGCAAAAGGAUAGUUCUUGUCGAGAUGGGGUACGGUAGUCCUCCUUGACUAUUUCCAACUGAAUAUGAGAGAAACCGCGUGCACAGUGUCAUCAUGUGCUUCACUGUACCUCGACCAAUCAUGGACAAUACAAAGCGGAACCCUUUU